UUUAUUGGAAUUAAUGUUUUUAAUGUUCGCCUUCAAUUUUUUUCAUUUUUACAUGCAAAAUAACGGAUAGAUUACUCCUGAUUUCGAAUUCUCCGUGUUGCGUUUGAGAACUCAUAAAGCUGUGUUUACAUCAGGGUAACAAUACACAUACGGUCAGGACGAAAACUCGUAUAUACAUCGACCUGGCAGUCGUUUCUAGAGAGUUUAUCGAUGAACAAGUUAAAGUCGAGUCUUGUACAAGUGCUUCCAUCAAAUAUCAGUCUAUCUUUAAUUUUUGUCAUUAGAUUAAUAAUUGUUACACUGUUACUGUUAAUUAAUGAUAAAUUAGCUUAAUUAUAUUUUUGAACACUAAAUCAUGUCGACAAAGAUUUCUUUGUCGGAAUAUCACAAAGAGUUAGCCGAGAAGUAUCUUUUAUCUAUGGGUAAGGAAAAUGCGUGUACUGUGCAAAAUGGUAAAACCGAAGGCAAGAACGAAGGAAAGAAGAAAGGCUUAUCGUUAAACACGGAAAAUCAUGCGGCCGUUCGUACGACGUCGGUGCAAAAUUCUUGCUUUGGCAAAUUAAAGUUCCAGAUUUAUCAUGAUAGCAAUGACGAAAACGUUCGAUCACGUUCGCGUGUGCGAAAAGAUGUAUGUAGAAAAGAGAUCAGAGCAAGGCAAGAUAACAUAGAGCUUGAAAAGACAAUUGUAGCGACGACUGAAGUAGCGGAAGCUAAAAUUGCUCCUUAUUCACGCAUUUUUACACGCAGAGCACGUUCGACAAGUAAUUCUCGAAAUAAAAUUCCUUUGGAUAAACCGAUUCAAGUAGAGUCGAAUAGCAAAUUAUUUCAAAACCGAAGAUCUUAUUCUGAAACCAGAAGGAUUUCAUUGCAACGCGCACAAAGUGUUAUAGACGUUAAAAAAGCCAGACAUUUAACGGAUGACGUUAAAAAACGAACAUUUGCGAGUAUGCAAAUAUGGAGCGAGAAAAUGAGGAAAUCACAUACUGGUACUGUGCCCAAAAACAUAACGGCCAAUGUGAAUAAUAAUAAUGUGUAUGCUAAAACCAAAUUACGAAAGCGCUCUGAUAUUAGAUCCAUGGAUUUGCAAUCCGAAAUGCCACAAUAUCAGAUAAAUAAUCUGAACGAAAAUAUUGAGCAAAAAGCGGAAGAUGAUCCUUUGAAAACUGUACUCAAACAUGUAUCAAACAAAAUUACAGACUUUUUACAAAAUUGUUCAUAUUUGACUGUACAAGCUGAUACUGGCGUAAGCUCUACUUCUAAGGAAACUCAGGAUAAUAAUCGAGCUAUAGUAAAUAAACCCAUAAACCGUGAUUAUAGUUUGAACAUAAAUUGCUCUAUUGCAAGCGUAACACCUUUAGAGGGUUCUCUUCUCCAGCCGUUGACUCCAACGAAGGUGCGUUAUGUAAAAUGUGUAACGAAAGAGAAAGCAUUGAUCAAGGAGGAUGAGCUUGAUGAUUACUACACAUUGUACGAAGUUACUUGCAACAUUGUACGCGAUUAUUUGCAGGAUGUACCAGAUACCGAACGUGACAGAGAGAAGAAUGCUCCGAGACUUACCUCUCGUUUUCUACAUGAAAAUAUAAACGCAGAACAGAGAAGAAUCAUCGUGAAAUAUAUCAUUCGUCUUGGCGCACACUAUCAGUACCCGUCGCAUGUUAUUUAUCAGACAGUUAAAUUGUUUAAUGUAGCUAUUGAUCGAAUUGUGGUAAAAGUAAAUGAUGUACAAUUACUGGCUUUGGCGUGUCUCUGGAUAAUUCUUAAGCGAGAAGCACCUAAUAAAAUACCAACGGCGACUGCAAUACUGCAACUGGCGAAGGAUUUAUAUACUAAUCAGGAGAAAUAUUUGUUAAUGUUUGAAAAGAAGAUUUUUUCUGUUCUUAAGUUCAAUACACGAUUUGCUGAUCCGUUUUCACUACUUUCAUAUUAUAUAUUGAAUGUAAAUCGAGAUAUUCAAUCUAAUAUUAUUAAGCCAAAUAAUAUCGUACGCCUUUUCUUUUGCGGUAGUUAUAUGAUCGAUAUAUCUAUGCUAGAUGAAAGUUUAUGUGAUAUUCCAACGUAUGUGAUAGCGAUAGCUGCAACAGAGUUAACGCUUUGUUUAGAAUAUUCGAGUGAUGUUAACAUGGAUGGAGACUGGUUCCGAGUUUGGAGAUCCAAACAGUCACUUACAGAAUGGGAAGAACAAGUGAUGAAUUCUACAAAACAAAUUAUGAUACGAGACGCCCUGAAACACGAUAGGACUGGUUCAAAUGUUGUUUAUAAGAAAUACAUGCACAGCAAAUACGGUGGGGUAACCAAUUUUCUUUAUGAUAAACUGAAGAAAAUCGCGGUUUAAUCAAAAUUGCGGAAAAGAUUUUCAAGCUUUAUCGUUCUGUAUCUUCUUACUUUUGCUAAUAAUGCUAUUUAGAUUAUCCUCCAUGAGAAGAUUAUAUUGUUGAGCUUUUCUGUUUUUAGUGCUAAAACGAAAAAGCUAGAGACAUCUGAUCAAAUUAUUCUCUGCCAUAUCCAGUUCUAUUUUAACAUUCUCAAGGAUCAUGUGAUAGUGCUGUGUACGCUCGAGUUCCCUUGCCUUUUCAUGCUUCUUUGCCAAGUGCAACAACUGCUUCUCACGUUUCUCUAAGUAUUUCCUACAAGGCUUAAUUCUCAAUUUAAGUAUCAGCUUGUCUCUUAUAUCAGUCUUUAUAAUUUUAAGUCUUUUUGGUGCUUAAGCAGCUCCGGCACCAGCUGGCAUGGCAAUGUUGCGCUUUUUGCUUUCAUCCUUUUCCCUGAGACAACUACCAAAACUGUUUCUCUCCUUGAUAUUUUUCUUGAGACGUUCUUCCCCGCUGUUUAUAUCCUCGCUCAAGGUUUCUUUUCGCUUGUACUUGUUCAUUUUAAUUGAAAGAAAUAGAUUAUAUCAAAACUCCUUAUAGCUUGUAUUAAAUCUUUUUAAAAGAAUAAAUAGACAGAUUUUUUUUGUCUUCUGUAUCAUUUGCAAACUUUUAAUAUGUGUGGGUGGAUUCUCCUCGCACUUUUUAUCCUUAUGCCCGGACGUAUGCAGCACUUGAACAGAUCCCGUACUCUCAGAUAAUGUUGUUUAGAUAUGUUAUUUAUUUUGUUAUACCAAAUAUGUUUUUUAUAUUUAUGUAAAUCGCGCUGGUCGCAUUCAAGUUUUACGAAAAAUUUUUUUAUUUGUUGAAAAACUAUUUAUCAAAAAACAAUUUUAUAAAGUUAAUGUGAAAAGAAAUAUAAUAAUGUACACGUAUUGUCGGAAAAAAAUAUAUUUUUAUUAUCGAAAGUGUAAAGAAGCAAGCGUUUGAUUCAAGUUCACGCUUGGCAAGACUCCUUAAAAGAUAGAUGGUCGUGACAUUGAAGUGUGUAAUCUCUACUGCGGUAAUAUGCUACUUGUCAGUGUGUAAUAACAUAAGCAAGGUUAUCGACAGUAUUUUAUUUAUCUAAUAGUUCUCUCGGGUUAUUGAUAUAUGACUUAAUA